AUGCCACUAAGGGUCGUGUCGCUCCCACUGGACUACGAAGACGUGGACUUCGAUGCCGUGCUGGAUCUGGCUGCGCCCAACAUUCAGCCUCGAGGGGGUCUAUCCGACAACGAUCAGGAGCCGGGAGGCAGGGGAAGGCAUAGCAGCCGCAACAGAACCGGCCAAGGCCUGGGGAGCACGGACUUGCCUGUGCAGCGCAGGCAGCCCAGAAGAGCCCAGAGCAGGCUCGUGGUGCCACUCGAGCAGCCGGAAGCAAGCAGCUCAGAUGGGAAGGAACCUGUGCGAGGCAGCGAUGCUGACGGCCUGAGAGCCAUCAGGAAAAACAACCGGCGCACGCAGCAGAAAUUCCGGGACCGGCAGAGAAAUCACAAGCUGGCGGUGAGCGAGAGCCGCGCAGAGGAGCUGCAGCGGGCGCUCGACCGGCUGAAGCUGGAGAGAUCGGCGGUGGCAAAAAACCAGCGGCUCCAAUGGGGAUUGGGCAAAUUCAGCAGGAAGAGGCUGUCGGCAGUGGCGGAGCGGGCACCAGCGCUGGUGCUCCUGCCACCCACCUCAGCAUAG